GGAGAUACAUGUGUUCGAGGACAAGACUAUGGAGUUUGAGAGGAGACAAGUUUUGAUCAACACAAAGUUGUGAUGCUUGAAUCUUUGAACUAUAAAUACUGACUCCUGGCUCACAUAGUUUCGGCUGAUUUUGCUUCUUCACCCAAGCAAUUGAACAACACUCAACCGACAACCCCGACAAACAGUUUCACACCGUUUUUUAACAGCAGACAUCAACUACAUUGGCUUUAUUAUCAACAUGAGGACCACCAUGAUCGCAGCUACCCUCGCCACCCUUGCUGGCUUUACCAUGGCUGCUCCGGCACCUGAGGCCCAAAUCGCCAAUCGCCAGUGGACUCCUCACGUCUACGUUUGUAUCACCACUGGCUGGAACCGUUGCAGCGUUCUCGAUGCCAACCGCGGGCAAUGCUACGACUUGACCAAGAUGGACGAUCUCGGUUCCUCCCUCACUGGUUUCGGUCCCGACCCUGGACUCACUUGCUCCCUCUUCAGUAACCAGGAUUGCACUGGCGAUCAUCUCGACUAUAUUUCCUAUCCUGGCAUCGGAGACUUGCAUGAUAAGGGAUGGAAUGAUAAGGCUAAGUCGUACAAGUGCGUUUAAGGAGGUUUACUGUGUAGGGCAAACCUUCCGACUAGAGGUGGUUUGGACUAUCCAUGUCGUGUGGUGACUGGGUACUGUUGAGAUGGGCGCGGUCUUUGAGUCUCCAAGUGCGUGUGGGCUGGACGUUCUUUUGGUUUGCUGGGUGGAUGGACUGUUGAGUUGGGAUAGGAGUCACUGUUUCGUUCGCUUCUGUUUUGUGUUUCCGUUAUUUUCUUUUUCUUGUCUUUCUCUUGUUGUCUGGUCCAAGUUGCCCAAAACCAGGCGACGCAGUCUGGUGGUUUUGGGGAGCUAGGGUACGCUUAGGUUGUCUCUAAACUACAAGUGGCAGAUGGCACGGUCUUUAAAUGCC